AUGUCGAAAGUCGAAUCUUUUGUGAUAAUCGAUUUUGGACAUGAGAAUGCUAAUUUCUUUGAAAAACCAGAAUUAAUAAGUUGUCAACGUCGUUCCGAAGUUUAUGAAAAAUGCUAUUUUGUGAAGAGAAUUUGGAACAGAGUUUUAAAAGAGGCCACGAAGAGAUCAUAUCCACAAAAAUCAAUGAAGUCUAAAUCUGAUUAA